AUGGAGCAACUAGUUAGUUCGGCUGGUUCUUCGAAUACGGAGCCAUCAGUGUGCAAGAGGAAGAAUCAUUCCACUUCCCCGGAACUCAUUUCCAGCAGCGACGACGGAGAUGAUUUCAUUCCCCCACGACGACGACUCAAGCGUAAGAAUACCCAUGAAUCAAAGGCUGCCAAGGCUAAGAAAGUCUCCAACAACUCUCCCACCAUCCCCACAAAAAAUGACGAGAAGAAGAAGAAGAAGAAGUGUCGUCCCACCAUAUGGUGUGCUCCUGAGUUUAUUAAAUCGGCGAUUGAAAUUCUAAAAGAUUGCCAGAGGAAAAGGAUCAAGAAGUUAGGGUUUGGGUGGGUGCUCAGUUUGACUGUUGAUGCGCUCCGAACAAGGAACCUUCCCGUGUUUCUAAUGGACAAUACAAGUGAAUCCCUUGUGAUCAAUGUUGGUACGCAAGGCGGUCUUAAGAUUACACCCCAUGCUGUGCAUUGUGUCCUUGGCUUACCCAAUGGCGGCACAGAUCCACCUCCUUUCUCCUAUGCACAAAAAAGAGAGCAACUUUUGAAGCUCAAGGAACUACUUGGUGUCUCUAAGCACAAAAACAUUACUUUUGAAGUCUUGUACCAACGCAUUCGCCUCGGGGGCGAUGACGACUUGACGAUAAGAUACUUCAUUAUAAUUGUGUUCAAUCGUCUCUUAUUCCCCACUACGGCUAAAUAUAUCACAGGGAGGGAUGCGGCUUGGACUUCUGACUUACACAAUCUCCCAAAUAUUGAUUGGUGCAAGGUCCUUGUUGACGACAUUAGCCAUGCUGUAAUUUCCUGGAAGUCCAAGAGGUUGGCUUACCCCAAGAGAUUGGCUAAUUCCAAGAAAUUGUAUGAACCAACCCUGUCCCUCACUAGUUGCACCCUCUUUUGUAUUGUAAAUUUUUUAUUUGACAACCUAUUAAGUAUGAAUCGGCUUGAUGCAAUUGAAAUCCCACGUAUUGCACACUUCACCAAUGAUAUUAUAGCGAAUAUCUUGCGUGAAGAUACACAGAUAGCUAAUGGCCUUGAAACAUACGGUAAACUUGCGCUUAGGCCCAAGGAGGGUACCUGCUAUUUCGAGGAUUCCCAAUCUCAGCACUUAUUUACAGCCUGUCCACCUUCCCCGCCGCCUACUCUUCGAGUUCUCACAAAUUAUAGUGACAAUCGUGCUUCAGUUCAUGAUGGAUCAUCUGGUGACCCCAAUGUUAGUAAGGAGGUGCCUGCAAAAUUUGAUCAUUUAUCUCCGUCUGGACAACCCUCCCAAACUGUUGAGACAUUAGAGACAGGAGGACUCAUCUGCUUCUGCACGGAGUCCGGCUGCAGCUUCGCCGGCCCGCCACCGGCGCUCCUCGGCCACCUUGCCACCCUGCAUUCCUGGCCUGUGCACAAGAUUGAGUACGGCAAGGUUCUCUGGCUUCAGGUUCCGGUGUCAGUGCCGCGGCGUCUGCUCCUCGCGGAGGACGGCGGCGUGUUCCUUCUUGUUGUGGGCUUGCUCAAUGCGAUCGCUGUUGUGUCAGUGGUGUGCAUCAGGGCCAGCACGUCCCCGUCGCUGCAGUACCCAGCCAUGAUGUGGGCAUAUGGUCCGCCGGACGUUGCAGGCGUCAGAUGUAUGGUGGGCACGGAGGCGGUGACGAGCAGCUCCAAGCCCAGCGAUGUCGUCGUGGAGAAGCUGCCAUUCGUGUUGCUUGUGCCGCCUACGCAUGUGUUUGGGGCUGGGGCAUCCAAGGAGUUGUCUCUUGAGAUUCGAAUUAACAAGAUGUGAUUCUGAACUUAGUUUAGUAGGAAUUAGUUGGAACCGGAGUAGUAUGUGAUUGGUAAGUAACGCUGCCUUUUGGU